CUCUCUCUCUCUCUCUCAUAAGUGCUUUUGACCACCAUAAAGAUUCAAGCUCACACGCCACAACGCCGCAUGCAAACCCACUGCUGUUAGCUUCAUCUCGUGCUGGUCUCCGGCGAUUCCCUCGACACCCACGAUCGGAAAAACACGUGAGAAUUCGAGAUUUUCUAGGAUGAACCACCUUGAUUUCGCCACCAGCUUGAGGAGGUGGAGGCGGAGAGGCCGGGGGUUGAGGCUCCGGACCAAGCUCGCGCGGCUCUUCCGGCAGAUCCGGCUGCCCGGAUUCCCGGCGUACCGCCGGUUGGGGUCUCCACCUCGCAACCCCAUUUGCAAGAUCCUCGAUCUGGCCAGGCAGAGGCUGCGCCGCCUCAAGCCCCGCCGCCGCGGGUACGUCCGGGUGGGGCACGACCCGGGGGAGAAGGGGCCGUCGCCGGACGUUCCGACGGGGCACCUGGCGGUGUACGUGGUGGGGCGGUCCGGGGGCGACGCGCGGCGGGUGACGGUGCCCGUCAUGUACUUCAACCACCCGCUGUUCGGGGACCUGCUGCGGGAGGCGGAGCGGGUGUACGGGUACGACCACCCGGGGGGGAUCACGCUCCCCUGCGGGAUCUCCGAGUUCGAGAGGGUCCAGACCAGGAUCGCCGCGGUGGACGGCGGUCCCCGGCGGCGGGCGGCGUGGGGGCGGCGGAGCUGAGGCUUUCUCGCUUGCAUUGUAGGGCGGGGGCGGGGCGGGGACCCUUCUGGGAUCGGGAUUGGGUGGUCGGCGAGAAUUUCGCGGCCCAAAUUUUGAUCCAAAUUAGCGGUCACUUGAUUUUCUUUGUAGCGUUUUUAUUUUUUUUUUACUCAAGAUUUUUCUCUGUAUUUCCUUUUUUUUUCUUUGGCUGUUGUAGGUUCUUUUUCUUUUGUAUGGUGGCUAAGUGAAUUGUGUAGAUUGCAUUGCAAAGAUUAGAGAUUACUCUCUCCACAAGGAUAAAACAAAA